CCUGGAAGUAUUGGUGGUCUAGUGCUAAUAGACACGGAAGCUCGUUAAGCGAAAGCUUAGUCUAUUCCAUACACAACCGUUUGAACUAUUUGGAUAUUGAAGCCUUUGCGCGUAUUAUAAUACUUAGUUCUUGUUUUGAUGGAUAAUGAACUCUUGUUGGGGUUUAUUUGGUUUGGCAUUACGCAUCUCAUUAUAUAAGAGACCUAGUGGAUUAUUAAAAGGCUUUUCGUACGUUGAUAGGGCAUCAACUCAAAAGCUUCUUCCAAUGCAUUUAAUAAAUCUUCAGAAACACACUGGAUGUCGUCAUGUUGGACAAGAUUCUGAUACUUCAGAUGAUGAGUUAGCUGAUGAAGAUGAGGAUGAUGAUGAUAAUGCCGAUGAAUUAGAUCCAUAUUAUUCAGAAGAUAUGGCGUUUAGUCCACAUUUUCGACAAAUCUCAUCAUACGUCAAAUCCUUACGUUUUGAUAAAAUUAUUCGUGUGGGUUUAGAUAUCACUAGAAGUGCUGCUGACAAUGCCUUUUUUUCUAACCGAUGUAGGUUAAAUGGAGGAAAACUGCUUAAGAUGGGUACUACAGUUUAUAAAGGUGAUAAACUUGAUAUAGUGAUCGACGAUACAGAAGAACCUCUUGGUAAAAGAGUGCGAGUUCUUGAUAUAAAACAAUCAAAACACAAUAAUUACAAGAUUAGUUUACGUUGUUGGAGAAAUAAUGUCAAAUUGUAAAGAUCUCUAAUAUUGUAGCGAUAUAAUUCUGUAUUGUAUUUAAAUAAAUAAAAGAGUGAUCGAUAUAAAGAUAUCGUUUUGUUCUUGAUUGCUUUUUUUUGUUAAAGUAUAUAAUAUUUGGUUUCAUCUUUGUAGUUGUAUUAUGUCAAGUUAUUUUUGGUUGGUCGACCACCUUUGGCUCUAUUUUCAUUAUUUCUAUUAUUAUGUGCAGUUGGAUUAAUUGUAUUAGAUGUACUAGUGAAUAAAUCCCCUCCUAAUAAUCCUGAUGUUGAAAAACAUUGGAAUAAAUUAUUAUUAGAAUUAUCAGGAUUAGAAUUUUGUAUUAUUAAUUCAUCAAAUGCAAGAUUAAUGGCAGAAUCUUACGCAAGUGCACAUGUUCUACGUGGAUUAGAUGAUAUAAAAUCUGACAACGUCAUUAUUUCACAUGCAAUCCAUCUACCUUUAUUAAUAUAUCCUAAUGAAGAAUUUGUUUAUGAUAUGUCAUAUUUAUUAAUUGCUAAAAUGUAUGGACGUCAUAUUGGUAUUAAAGGUCCUUUAGCACUGCAAAAACUGAACAUAUCUUUUCUGGUACCAUCAGUUCGAAAUGAAAAUCGUAAAGGAAAAAAACUGAACUUUCGACUUGUACAUUUAAAAACAUGUGUGACUUUUACUGCUACAUCGGCUAUUUUCCCACCAAUACUGUUACCUCCGACUUGUGAACCAAACUUAAUUGGUAGUACAUCCUCAAUAACUAGUCUUCUUGAAUGGUCCAAACGGACUGGUGUUUUUGACUCAAACCGUUGUCAUGGUCGGACACGAAUACAGACUGAGUUUCAUGUUUCUCCUCAUCUUUUACCACGCUUGGAAAAGGUAGAUAUUCUCCUCAUUUCAUCUCGACUACAAUUUCUAGUAAUUAUAUUGUUACUGUCAGAUUUUCUUAUAUUGUUUUUCGGUGCACGAUCUAUGUCUCGUUCUCCAAUAAAUAUAAGAGGUCGGAAUGUAUUUUCUUUAUAAAUACUUGUCACACAAAUCAAAUAUAAAAUAACUUAUUGUUAUUAUCAUCCAUCGGUAAAAAGUUUUCAUCAAAUGGCACAAUGUUCAAUUCUGCGUUUACUAUGAACAGCUGAAUUGGGAUCAUUUGAUAAACAAUUUUACACGGCAGUUUAAAAGUUAACAAUCUACAAAUUUCUACUACAUAUAUAUUUUUUUGAGUUAUGUACAAUUCCUAUUCUUAACAUUGAGUAGAUUAAUUUUUCUAAAAAUUUUUUUAGUUUACUACAUUGUGAUAUACGUUUAUAAUUCUCAUUCUUUCUUAAUUGUCUAUGUAGUUUAUUAUUUGGAUCAUUCCAUUCUCGUUUUUUUUUUUGAAAGGGAGGGAGGGUGGUUAGAUUCUUCUCUCUUUUUUGUCUGAUACGUUGAAUCAACAUAUUAGCGAGCUCAAAUGUGAUAUACAUGUAUAUUUGAUUUUAUUAUAUCUACAUAUAUCUAUUUUGUACACCAUCUUUUUUAUUGUUGUUACUAUUAUUAUUUGUGUUUCUACAACCAUAAAUGUACUUUUUCGACUCUAUAAAUAACUGAUGUAAAUAUAAAAAUAAAAGUUGGUUAUUUCUCUUUUCUGUUUCCUAAUUGUGCGUAUUUGUGUGUGUGUUGUGCUUCUUUAAUAUUCUUUGUCGUUUACUUAUCUUAGUCAGAUGCUUUUAAUUGAUUUAACUGUUAUAGUUAGAAACCAGAGUUUUAUAUAUAGUUUUGUUUAGUUUUUUCUCGUGCAAACUAUGAAUGCUAAAAAUCAUGUUACCUACAGUCAUUUAUUAUUACAUUAAUUCGGAAAUGUUUUAAAUAUACUUUCAUUUUUACGUGAAGAUUUAUGACAUAACGGUUAAUCGUAGAACAUUUUCAUGGUUUUCCUACUGUACCUUAAUGUAUGGUAAAGUGUUAUCAUCUUUAUUAGUUUCGUUUAAAUAAUUAACAUCUUCCUGUUUGUAUAUUUUCGUGCUCUUAUAAUUUAUUUGAAGGACACUGAACAUCCCCUGAUAGUACUGAUGGUCUCUUUAGUCUUUUGUGCGUUUGUCUUAAAUUAUAUUCCAAGGUGGUAUUAGAUGAUCAGUAUAGAUUCUUGCAUAAAUUGAUUCGAAGUUUACCUACUUACUGUAUACCUUCAAAGAAAGCCCACUAAGUAAAGAUUGCUUUAUGCAACUGAAAUACGUGCAACUAUAUACAAUGGUACAUUCUUGUGCUCAUUGCUGCUUUCAGACUUUUUCCCACUAGUUAUUCACCCCUUUUAUUUAUCUUAUUAUCAUGCUACCAUGGUUUUACUCAUAGUGGUUUUUGACAUCAGUUUAUUUAAUUACUCUUGUGCAUUUCAUUUCUGUGACAAAAAUUUUUGACUGUCCUGUAGUGAACGAAAAACACAUCCUCCACCAGUUGUACUUUAAUUGCUUCAUAACUCUCUCAAUUGUGUUG